AUCCUAGAAAGCAAAUUCUCACCAUGAGCAAAUUUAUUACUUCCAUUUUUUUAAUCGUUCUAAAAGCAACCUUGCGUUCCAUGCAACCUUCGCACUUUACAAAUUGAUUUCGCCUUAAUUCUCUCUAACUCCAUUACCUUAUUAUUCUCACCUUCUCCUUUCAACCACCGGUUUAAUAUAUUCCUUUAACCUAAAUUUCUCCGAUCGUUCCUAAACAAUGUCUUCUUCUCCACUCGCCGUAAAAUCCAACAUCGCAGCUCGAUCCGCUUCGUUAAACAUCCCUCAUCAUUCCACACGUACCAACCACGCCCAUGAUCUCCGGUACAGCCUCUCCGCUGGUCCUCGUACCAACGAAGACCGAUCACCGUCGGGUAACGGAGUCGCUGGGAUCCUCUACAAAUGGAUAAACUACGGCAAAGGAUGGAAACGGCGGUGGUUCGUUCUCCAGGACGGAGUUUUAUCGUAUUAUAGAAUCCACGGUCCUGAUAAAAUAUCUCUCUCCGUUGAGAUGGAUCGGAGAUCUAAACUCAUCGGCGGCGAUUCUUUAAGGUUCAUUUGCCGACAUAGCAAACGCGGUGAUGUUCAUAGCCCCGGGAAACCUCUCGGCCAAAUCCACCUCAAGGUCUCUUCGAUUGGACAAAGCAUAUCAGACGCAAAGAGAUUCACUUUAUACACGGGCACGAAGAGUCUGCAUUUACGAGCAGCAACGAGUGAGGAUCGUAACGCUUGGAUCGAAGCUUUAAAAGCUGUUAAAGAAACGUUUCCAAGAAUGUCAAACGAAGAGUUAAUGGCAUCGACCACUAAUGUCUCACUCUCUACCGAUAAACUAAGACAAAGAUUAAUGAAAGAAGAGGUUAAUGAGACAAUCAUCAAAGAUUGCGAAGACAUAAUGAAGAACAAUUUCGUUGCUUUGCAUAAUGAGGUCAUGUCGCUGAAACAGUAUCAAUAUCAUCUUGUAGAUUCCCUCAAAAACUUUAACAACUCACCUAAAACUUACUAACCCUAAGUUUUUCAUGAUUUAUCUCUAGAUAUUUGAUAUAUAUCAGUUUAAAUUAAAGUA